AGCAUCUUUUAUUUUUUAUAAAAAAUGGAACUCCUUAAUUUAGAAGAACUUGUGCUUAUAUCCCAGAGAACUCUACCUGGAAUAGAUAAAUCCCAUCUGAUACUCCUAAACUCGCAGUUAGAAGCAGGUUCUACUGAUUUGAUGGGUUACAUGGGAGAGUACUACAAGUUGCAACUGGAAGUCGAGGAUAUAAAGGAACCCAAGAAAUAUCUUCUUAAAUAUUUUAUCAAAAGUUUGCCAAUCAAAAAUGAGCCACAGAGAGAAGAAUGCGAACGCAAAGGAGUUUUUCAGAAAGAAUCUGCCAUUUACAGCCAGAUGUUACCUAACAUUCAGAAAUAUGCCUCUAAGAAGCUUUUUCCCAGAUGCUAUUACAGUCGAAAUGAUAUUUUGGUGCUGGAGGAUCUCACUCAAAACUAUAGACAUCUUAAGACUUCAGAAAGUUAUACCAUAGAUCACUAUAAACUGGUUUUGGAACACCUAGCUGAUUUACAUGCGGCAAGUAUUGCUUGGGAAGAAAAAGAACAUUUAAAUAUUGAAGAACGCUUUAACGAUGUACUUACUGAAUUGCAUUUGGAUCCUGAUAAUUCCUGGUACAUAAGUGGAUUGAAGGCCAUUGUAUUCUUAGCAGGCCGUCACCCGGAAUAUCAAACUAAAGAAGCUCAGAUAUUUAUUCAAGAUAAGCUUUAUAAUCUUUUAACCAAAGCUGAAGAGUUGGUAAAACCAUCGAAAACAAUAAGAAAUGUACUAUGCCAUCGGGAUACUUGGGAUCGUAAUAUUCUUUAUCAUUUUAAGGAAGAUACUUCUGUUUUACCCGAUGCUUGUUGCGUUGUGGAUUUCCAAAUCGCUAAAUACUGUUCUCCCACCUUAGAUGUUUUGUUUUUACUCUACAUUGUUGCUCCAGAUGAAAUCAGGAAAAGGAUAUACGAUGAGUGCCUUGAGUUCUAUUAUAAAUCACUCAUAUCCCAUCUCGAUCGACUGGGAUUGGAUAAGAAUAUUAUAACCAGAGAGAACUUUCUCAAAGAAUGCCAAAGAACUCGCUUAGCAGCAUUGAUUAUUUGGGCUCUUACUGAACCUCAAACCAAAAUGUUGCCCAGUAUUUCGAAUAGAUUGCGAUCUGAAGAACCGCAGAAAUUCGACUUUUAUCUCAACUGCGAUCGCAGUGAACUGUUGCUAAGGGUGAUGGAUAUUCAACCCGGUUACGAGGAGACUAUAAUGAAGCCCAUCAAAGAACUUGUGGAUUAUCUGAUGGAGAAUGAGAAUUUAUAUACCUAGACAGCUUAGUUGCUAUCUGCAGAUGAAAGUGGAUUUGUUUCUUAUCGUUCACUGAACUUAUUUAAAUAAACAAAGAACUUUAAUAUCAUUUCGAAAAAUUUAA